CCUCCCAAUUGGCUCACCAUUUCCUCUGAAUCUCUGAUCACCCGUCUAUUUCUUCUUCUGCGACUUUAGGGUUUAUUCACGGCGAGAAAGGAAUGGCGGAGACCGAAACGUUUGCUUUCCAGGCCGAGAUCAACCAGUUGCUCAGUUUGAUCAUCAAUACCUUCUACAGCAAUAAGGAGAUCUUCCUUCGGGAGCUCAUCAGCAAUGCUUCUGAUGCACUGGACAAGAUCCGAUUUGAGAGUUUGACUGAUAAGAGCAAGCUAGAUGCACAGCCUGAGCUGUUCAUCCACAUUAUUCCUGACAAGACAACUAAAAGCCUGACCAUCAUUGACAGUGGUAUUGGCAUGACUAAGGCUGACUUGGUGAACAACCUUGGUACCAUUGCUAGGUCUGGAACCAAGGAAUUUAUGGAAGCCCUUGCUGCUGGUGCCGAUGUGAGUAUGAUUGGACAGUUUGGUGUCGGUUUCUACUCAGCUUACCUUGUUGCUGAAAAGGUCAUCGUCACCACUAAACACAAUGAUGAUGAGCAAUAUGUCUGGGAGUCCCAAGCUGGCGGGUCGUUCACUGUUACCAGAGACACCUCCGGGGAGAGUCUUGGUAGGGGUACUAAGAUUACACUCUACCUCAAAGAAGAUCAGCUUGAGUACCUGGAGGAGCGCCGCCUGAAGGACUUAAUUAAGAAGCACUCUGAGUUUAUUAGCUAUCCGAUUUCCCUCUGGGUUGAGAAGACAACUGAGAAGGAAAUUUCUGAUGAUGAGGACGAGGAAGAUAAGAAGGAUGAGGAAGGAAAGGUCGAAGAUGUUGAUGAAGAGAAAGAAAAGGAAGAGAAGAAAAAGAAGAAGAUCAAGGAGGUGUCUCACGAGUGGUCCUUGGUCAACAAGCAAAAGCCUAUUUGGAUGAGGAAGCCGGAGGAGAUCACAAAGGAAGAGUAUGCUGCUUUCUAUAAGAGCCUUACCAACGAUUGGGAAGAACACUUGGCUGUGAAGCAUUUCUCAGUUGAAGGCCAGCUAGAGUUCAAGGCUGUACUUUUUGUUCCCAAGAGGGCACCUUUUGAUCUCUUUGACACAAAGAAGAAGCCCAACAAUAUUAAGCUGUAUGUUCGCCGAGUUUUUAUAAUGGACAACUGCGAGGAGCUGAUCCCCGAAUACCUGAGCUUUAUCAAGGGUAUUGUGGAUUCUGAGGACCUCCCCUUGAACAUCUCAAGAGAGAUGCUACAGCAGAACAAGAUUCUUAAGGUCAUCCGCAAGAACCUGGUUAAAAAGUGCAUUGACCUGUUUUUUGAGAUUGCUGAGAACAAGGAAGACUACAACAAGUUCUACGAGGCCUUCUCUAAGAACCUCAAGCUCGGUAUCCAUGAGGAUUCCCAAAACAAGACAAAGCUUGCUGAGCUUCUUCGCUACCACUCCACCAAGAGUGGCGAUGAGAUGACCAGUCUGAAGGAUUAUGUGACCAGGAUGAAGGAGGGUCAGAGUGAUAUCUAUUACAUUACUGGAGAAAGCAAAAAGGCAGUGGAGAACUCUCCGUUCCUGGAGAAGCUGAAGAAGAAAGGUUACGAAGUUCUAUAUAUGGUAGAUGCUAUUGAUGAGUAUGCUGUAGGGCAGCUCAAGGAAUUCGAAGGGAAGAAGCUGGUCUCAGCUACCAAGGAAGGGUUGAAACUGGAUGAGAGUGAAGAUGAGAAGAAGAAGAAGGAAGAACUGAAGGAUAAGUUUGAGGGUCUCUGCAAGGUUAUCAAGGAUGUGUUGGGUGACAGGGUUGAGAAAGUUGUGGUGUCCGACCGUGUUGUCGAUUCACCCUGCUGUUUGGUGACCGGUGAGUACGGAUGGACUGCCAACAUGGAGAGAAUCAUGAAAGCCCAGGCCUUGAGGGACAGUAGCAUGGCCGGCUACAUGUCGAGCAAGAAGACCAUGGAGAUCAAUCCCGAGAACCCCAUCAUGGAGGAGCUCAGGAAGAGGGCUGAUGCGGACAAGAAUGACAAAUCUGUGAAGGACCUUGUUCUCUUGCUUUUCGAGACCGCCCUCCUCACCUCUGGCUUCAGCCUGGACGACCCAAACACCUUUGGCAACAGAAUCCACAGGAUGCUAAAACUUGGUUUGAGCAUUGACGAGGAAGCAGGCGAUGGUGACGCAGACAUGCCUCCCCUGGAGGAAGAAGCAGAUGCCGAUGCUGAGGGCAGCAAGAUGGAGGAAGUUGAUUAAAGCCUUUUUUUAUUAAAAACUGUCGCAGUUUCUAUUUUUUUUAAUUUUUAUGAACAUUUUAUCCUCGUUUUAAUAUAUAUUCCUCUUUUGUGCCUCACUGCGAGGAUCCGAACAAAUUUUUGGCAGAUGCUUAUAUGAUUUGCCUUGGAAUAUCAUGUUUGCUUUUAGAUUAUGGAAAAUGCUACUUGUCCCAA